UCAGAGGCUUUACAAUGAACACCAUGAAGAUGGGAUUCUUGCUUGUUUUCUCUUUAAUUAUGACCUUUCAGUCGAUAUAUUCUGUUAAACAUUCCUUGGUUCAGCUGAAAAACAAUGGCUAUGAAGACAUUGUUAUUGCUAUCAGCCCAAAUAUCCCAGAAGAUGGAAAAAUUAUUGAAAGAAUCAAAAGCAUGGUGACAGCAGCUUCUCCAUAUAUGCUGCAGGCGACUAAGAACAGAGUUUUCAUAAGGAGCACAAACAUUUUAAUCCCAAAUACAUGGGCAGAGAACAGCAAAUAUGGAAGACCUAAGCGAGAGUCGUAUGACAAGGCUGAUGUUAUCAUUGCUGACCCUUCUCUGCUUGGGGAUGAUCCAUAUACAGUGCAAUAUGGCGGCUGUGGAGAACCAGGAAAAUACAUACAUCUUACCCCCAACUUUUUACUGAAUGAUAAACUGCUACAACAUUAUGGAGCUCGAGAAAGAGUGUUUGUCCAUGAAUGGGCUCAUCUUCGCUGGGGAGUUUUUGAUGAAUAUAACUAUAAUGAGCCGUAUUAUUUUUCUGGAGAACGUAAAAAUGAAGCGACAAGGUGUCCUUUGAAACUUAAAGGUACAAAUAAAAUCAGAGUAUGUAAGGGAAUUUCAUGUUCAUUUGAAGACUGUCGACUUGAUCCUAAAACCGGCAGUUAUGAGGAAGGCUGUGAGUUUAUUCCGGAUGUUUCUCAGAGUGCCAAAGAAUCCAUUAUGUUUUUGCAAACACUGGACAACGUCCGUGAAUUCUGUGAUAAGAGUGCCCAUAACCCAGAAGCCCCAAACCAGCAAAACAGACUGUGCAACUACCAAAGCACAUGGGACGUCAUCAUGAAGUCAAGUGACAUGGCAUCUACCGUACCGUUAGAAGACACCAACAUUCCGGUGCCUACGUUCUCUCUCCUACAUUAUAAAGACAGGGUAGUCACCUUGGUCCUUGAUGUAUCUGGAAGCAUGGCUGGUUCUGAGCGUAUUACUCGUCUAUACCAAGCAGCAGAGGUGUUCAUAAUGCAAAUUGUUGAAUCUGGCUCCCAUGUUGGAAUUGUCACUUUCUCAAAUAGUGCAACAAUCAAAUCAAAUUUAAUUAAAAUAACCAACACUCUUCAGCGUCAACGUCUAAAAGAAUUACUUCCCACUGAAGCAAAUGGAGGUACGAAUAUUUGUUCUGGAGUCCAGAUUGGAUUUAAGGUAAACAGAGAAUAUGAUAAUAGCACACAUGGUACUGAAUUAGUCAUUCUAACGGAUGGAGAAGAUUCUGGUAUCAGUUCCUGUUUUGGUGAAGUAGAAGCAAGUGGUUCAAUUAUUCACACUCUGGCUUUGGGACUCAAUGCAGAUAAAGCACUUGAACAACUAGCAGUUAUGACGGGUGGGUUAACACUUUAUGCAUCAGAUGUGGUAGAUGCAAAUGGUUUGAUUGAUUCUUUCAGUGGAAUUAUAUCCAACAGUGGGAAUAUCACUCAGCAAUCUGUCCAGAUUGAAAGUACAUCAACAACUAUUGAAAGCCAAAAAUGUCUAGAAGGGACUAUAACCAUUGACAAAACAGUGGGAAAUGACACUUCCUUUUUGGUUACUUGGGAGAAGACUCUUGCCAGCAUUUCUCUACAAGACCCCACAGGAAUUAUUUAUCAAAGUAACCAGUUUGUCAGCGACCAAACAUCUAAAUCAGCUCGUCUUACGAUUCCAGGAACAGCAGAGAGAGGAUCCUGGAAAUACAGUUUGUGUAACACUGAAGUGGUAGAACAAGUCUUGGGUCUGACUGUAAGCUCCAGAGCAGCUGAUGCAAAUGUGCCACCAAUUACAGUAGACACGCAGAUGAAUGAUGAUACCAAUGCUUACCCUCAUCCAAUGACUGUGUAUGCAUUUGUAAAACAAGGGCAUUCUCCUGUUCUGGGGGCAAAUGUGACCGCAAUCAUAGAACCACAGAAUGGGAAUGUGCAGACAAUGCAGCUCAUGGACAAUGGGGCUGGUGCUGAUAUUAUAAAGAAUGACGGCAUCUAUUCCAAAUACUUCCUCUCUCAGUCUGGAAAUGGCAGGUAUAGCCUUAAAGUGCGAGUUGAAAGCAAAGGCAGAGACAGCAAAUUAGCGAAACCAAAUAACGGAGCUUACUACAUUCCUGCUUAUAUACGAAAUGGUUCCAUAAUUGCAAACCCUCCCAAGCCUUCAGUUAUUACUGAGGAUCAGCUCAGUUUAGAACAAUUCACCAGAACAGCUUCAGGUGGAGCUUUCAUUGUUUCUGGAGUUCCAUCAGGUCCUCUUCCAGAUAUCUAUAAACCAGAAAAAAUAAAAGAUUUAGAUGCAAAAAUUAUAGAAAAACGCAUUGUAUUAUCUUGGACAGCAACUGGAGAUGACAUGGACCAGGGAACUGCAUCAAGAUAUGAUUUGCGGAUGAGCUACAACUUCCAGGAGCUGAUAGACAACUUUGAAACUGCCACUCAGGUCAACAUCUCCAGUCUCACACCAAAGCCUGCUGGUUCUAAUGAAGCUUUUGAUUUUAUACCUGAGAACAUAGUGAUAGAAAAUGGUACCAUCAUUUAUUAUGCUUUAGUUGCAAUUGAUAAAGUUUAUUACAAAUCAGACGUGUCCAAUCUAGCAAGAGCAACAUUAUUUGUGCCACCAUCACCAAAUAUAGGAAGUGACAUUUUUAUGAAGCGUAACACAAUACUUUUGAUCCUAAUGGCAUGGUUAACAGUGUUGAUUACAUUGUUUGAUUUAUAACAAUGGAUCUAACUCAGCUUGCUAUUUUUUAAAUGUUGUUACAACGCAGCUUUGUAUACACAAUAUAUUUUGGACAUUUCAUAUACUCAAACAUGGUAAACACACACAAGCUUUGAUCCCGCAUGUUCAGGUCAUUCUAUAUACAGUCUUCCCCUUAUAAACCAGACACAGACCACACAAGUUAUGGGUAUGAAAAGGCUGCAGCUUCUUUCUUAAAGGGUUUCUUAAAUGCCUGUAUGCUAAAUAACUUAAAAGUGAUGCAACAAAACUAACAGUGAAUUCACAAUACACUUAAUUACCUGACAGAAAAGUAAUGCUACUAAACUAGAAGCAAAUACAAGUUAAAUUAUAAUCAAAAUAUUUUAGUUUAUUUUUUUUUAAUUGUAUUUGCUGCAAACGGAGAAUAUCCAAGAGAGCUUCAUCACUUUCUAUGUUGAAUCACUUAAAUCAUUAAAGUGAUGAAGCAUAACUGUAAGGCUAACAGGAAAUAUCACAUGGACAUCUCCAUGUAAAAAAGAUAUUUUACCUCAGAAAGACAAGACAGGAGUCAGGAGCGGCAAUUGCACAUAGGUGCCAAUCACCAGCUGUGUCUUGUUCGGGUGCUGCAGUGCUUGUGACUUCCAAACAGAACUUUACCUGUGUGGUUAUCCAUUUGCAGGAAAUUAACACAGUUAU